CCUGUAGCAUUCAAGAUGUCUCCGUCCUUCCCGAGGUGAUGUGAUGUCUUCGCUGUUAUCUUUGAGCUGUUUAAACGUGUCUCGAGAUAAGACCCGUCCUCUGAAGGUGACCCGAAAUGCAGCAGACAUUUAAGAGGGGCUACAUGGUUUUUAACUUAAUCAUUAAGGCUUAAAGGACUCGGCAAUGAAGCGAGUGUGCACUCGGCAAUUUCGUAACUUGACGAGGUUGAGGUCGUUUGGGGAGGUGAGAGAGAAAAUAUCUCGAUCUAUCAACCAUGUUUGUCUGUCAAGACGGUCAUUUCACGGCUCAGCUUGUCGUCUGGGGGAGCUGGAGCUGACGUCUGUGAGAUACCCCCACGUACAGAGGGGGAAAUACGCCACGCUGACAGAGAAGGAUGUGGACUUCUUCCAGAAACUGCUGCCGCAGAGAGUGCUGCAAGACCCCAGCGAGCUGGACGGGUAUAAUAUCGACUGGAUGAGGACUGUUAGAGGUAACAGUCAGAUGGUUCUAAGACCCAAAACAACCUCAGAAGUAGCGGAGAUAUUGAAGUACUGCAAUGAGCGCCAUCUAGCGGUUGUUCCACAGGGAGGAAAUACAGGACUCGUAGGCGGCAGUGUCCCGGUCUUUGACGAGAUUGUUAUUUCUACACAGCUUAUGAACCAGAUUAUUAGUCUAGAUGAAGUCUCUGGCAUCGUCGUCUGCCAGUCUGGCUGCAUCCUGGAGACCUUAGACAACUAUCUGGCCGAGCGUGAACUCAUGAUGCCGUUAGACCUGGGUGCCAAAGGAAGCUGCCAUAUUGGAGGCAACGUGUCCACCAAUGCGGGUGGUUUACGGUUGCUAAGAUACGGCUCUCUUCAUGGGAGUGUACUGGGAGUGGAAGCAGUCUUAGCCAGUGGGGAAAUAGUGGAUUGUCUCUCAUCGCUGCGAAAAGACAACACUGGUUACGAUUUGAAGCAGCUUUUUAUUGGUUCUGAGGGAACGCUGGGAAUGGUGACCUCAGUAUCAAUUCUCUGUCCGCGGAGACCAAAGGCUGUUAACGUGGCUUUUCUAGGUGUUGAAAAUUUUGAGGCUGCCCUGCAGACGUUUCAGUUGUGCAAAGGGAUGCUGGCGGAGAUCCUGUCUGCCUGUGAGUUUAUGGACCAGGAAUCUAUGCAGUGUAUCCAGGAAAAUCUGAAACUGACCAAUCCAAUCAAGUCUUACCCACUGUACAUCCUGAUCGAGACCUCGGGUUCCCAUGGCAGCCAUGACGAGGAGAAAUUGAAUGCGUUCUUGGAGGCUGCUAUGGGGAAGGGGAUUGUGCAAGACGGAACGAUAGCUAUGGAUGUAACACAGAGACAGAAUAUCUGGGGUUUACGAGAGCGUAUCGCAGAAGGUCUGCUGCAUGAUGGGUACAACUACAAAUAUGACAUCUCUCUUCCCCUGCCCAAGCUCUACGAGAUUGUGGAAGACAUGAGACAGAGGCUGGGGUCAAAGGUCACACGGGUAGUUUCAUACGGUCAUUUAGGAGAUGGCAACCUUCAUUUUAACGUCACAACUCCAGAAUACAACAAAGAGGUUCUUGGGCUCAUAGAGCCCUACAUAUACGAGUGGACAUCCCAGGUUCGCGGCAGCGUGAGCGCAGAACACGGACUUGGCUUCAAGAAGAGGGACUGCAUACGUUACAGCAAAGAGCCCAAUGCUGUCAAAAUGAUGGUGAAAAUGAAGAAAUUAUUUGAUCCCAAUGGUAUUCUGAAUCCUUAUAAAACCAUACCUUUGUAAAAUGCUUGUGAAGGUAAUUUGAUUUACAGGAAGGCUAAUAUAUAUAAAUACAUAUAAUAUAUAUUUAUUUUCAUACGUCUUCUGAACAAGGGUCUGUCAAGAGGUGAUAACUGCGUGACAUUACAGUCAUCUGCAGACAGACAUUGCCAAAUAUUAUCAACAGUAUGUGGGGAAAACUUUGAGCCGACUGGCUCUUGCUGCCACCUGUGGCCAAUAUUUUUAAAAAUAACGCACAUCCUUUCCCUAACUCAGAGACAGUUUUGAAGAAUGGUCUCCUGCCAAAAAUUAAGUCUUAGUUUAUUUUUUAAGUAUUAUAAUAAUUGCAAUGAAAACAAAAGCUGUUUAUCAGUUAUACUGAUAUGCCGUAUGCAAAUCUUACUGCAGAUGACACUUUGUUAUGACUGUGUUCAAAUUGUUUUCAUUGUUCUCAUUCAGAGUAUUCUUAUUUUGCACUUUAAUUGGUGAAUUUGAAAGAAACAUGCGUUUGUGCUGAGGUAUAUACAGUAUUACAACUUACUAACAUAUAUGGUCAGGAUUUACAAAGCUUGGUGUUUUUAUCCUGUCGUACAAUCAACUUGAGCUGUGAUUUAAAAAAACGAAAUAAUAAAGCUAGUCAGCAACUGUA